AUGUCCAAGAACAAGGAUCCAGACUCGCUUUUGAAUAUCCAACACAAUUACUUACACGCCAGGAUAAAAGGUCUACAGCAGCCCAAGGAGAUUUACAAUUUGGUUAUCGAUAAAAAUGUCGAAUCGAUAUUGUACAAAACAUUCACAAAGGACCAAUUAUUACGAAUAGUUGCUUCUGUCGAGUUGAUUGAUUCGGAGCGAAGGAAAAACACGUAUAUGACUGCAAUGUACCUAUGUGAAAAGACAAUAUACAAUCUCAAGUGCAUUAUGGCCGAUGUACAAACGAAAAGGUACAAGAAUGGUAUUGCCCUAUUUGCUUAUCAAGACCAGCAAAUUAACCCGCAGGCUAGUGAAUUUUACCAAGAGAAAUUUUUAAAAAACCCCCUGGUUAUUCGGUUUUUCAAUGAUGGGGCAAACUUCAACGAGAUGACCUUUGCAUAUAAUGCCGUGGAAACUAGAGUGUUUUUAACCGAUGACAAAACACCCAAUUCAAUGCCGAUUUACUACAAUAAGAAUGCCCAACAAUUUGUCAUUCCACAAGUUAAAAAGGUUGCUCAAAGCUUGUUGAAUUUGGUGGUAUCAAUGGAAGAGUACCCGUUCAUUAGGUUUUAUCUGCCGUUACAAGGGGAAUAUGAAGCAAAGACCUUGCCUGAAUUGAUAGCAGACGAGUUCCAACAACAAAUGGAUGAUUAUUGUCGGAUCAAUGAUAACUAUCCGACUCCAGAGGUUUCGGCUAAAACAAGAUCGAUUUUGUUAAUAACUGAUCGAACAAUUGACCUUUAUGCACCAAUAUUACAUGAAUUCACGUAUCAAGCAAUGGCAAUGGAUAUUGUUGAAUCCUUGGAGAAAAGGAAUGUUUUUGAGUACCAAAGUGAAAAUGAGCGUGGGGAAUUCAUUGAUGCGGUGGUGAAACUAGACAAUGAAAAUGAUGAGGAUUGGGUUAAUCUAAGACAUUCUCAUAUUAUUGAAAGUUCGGAGUUGAUUGUGAAUAAAAUUACCGAGUUGAUCAAGAAUAACCCCUUAAUGAUUGAUAGAUCCAAGGCUUCUACAUCAUCUGAUUUGAUGUAUAUAGUGGCCCAUUUGAAAGGAUUCGAUGAGGAGAGAAAGCAAUUAACUUUGCACAAGACAUUAAUUGACAAGUGUCUUGAUAUAAAUGCUUCUAGGAAAUUAGCUGAAUUUGCCGCCGAUUUUGAACAAACUUGCUGUGCCGAAGGUAUCAGUUUUGAAGGUGAAAGAAACAAGCACCUUCAUGACGAUUUGAUCAUUUUACUUGCACGUGACGACUUACAUAUCAACGAUAAGCUUAGACUAAUACUCAUUUAUGCCUUUUAUCGAGGAGGAUUAAUCCGUUCCGAUUUUGAAAAGAUGAUUAAAUUUGUUGGAGUUGAAGACAAGCAUAUACCUGGAUUAUGUGAGAGAUGUUUCAAUAAUGUUGAUAAAUUGGGAUUUGAAAUUUUCAAAAAGGAUUUAAAGGCAAAACCAUACAUGAAACAGAUGUUCCACACUAUAAAUAAUGAAGGCACAUACAACACGUCGAGGUUCACACCUGGGAUCAAGACUAUAAUGCAAAAUGUAGCCAGGUACUCCCUAGAUCGUGACUGGUUUCCGUAUUUUAGAGAUAAGCCAUUAGACGAUGAGCUAGGCACAUCAAUAUCAACGGGUAAGAAAACAUCAUCAUCCUCAUCAUUAACUGGUGCUAAUGCUUCUGGGACGGUAACAAGGGACAGUCUUAGUUCUUCAGGAACCUUGCGUAACCCAAGGAUAAAAGCAAAUUGGGCAAAUUCGUCAACAUCGAUUGCGCAAUCAAGAAGAUAUGGAGCUGGGGGUGGCAGCACCUUCCCCAGUCAGCAUAAACAGAGGAUAUAUUGUUUUGUUGCCGGUGGUAUCACAUAUAGUGAGAUUCGCUCAAUUUACGAACUAUCCAAUUCAUUAAAUAAGGAAUUUUAUAUUGGUUCCGAAUCGAUUCUUAAGCCUCGGGAUUUCUUGAUUGGACUUCAAAACUUGGGAGAUAACAAAACCCUUGAACAUUUGGAUCUUGCCAUUGUUAAGGAAUCACAACAAUCAGAUGAAAUUCCCAUGUACUUGUAUAAUGAUGGCGGGAUCCCAAAACCUAUAACACGUCCUUUUCCGAGUCAAGAACAACAAAUCAACUACAAUUCUUCUAGCACAAUGACAACGACGACGACGGCCGAGCCGCGAUUUGGAGAGACUAGCUCAUUUCAACAGCAGGUUGAACAGCAACAAGAAAUGUACAAGCUGGCUCACGGGAAUGUUGCUGCACCAUCAACUACACAUUUACAUUAUCAAAAACGAGGCACAAAGAUUACUAGUGAUGGUGGUGGUAAUGGUGAAACUGAAAAGGCUUUGAAGAAUGGCUCUAAAAGGUCCAAAUUGAAAAAAUUGUUUAAGUAG